AUGCUUAGAAGGAAGAUAUUGAAAGCGAAAAUCCAAAGACACAGCGGCCGCGAAUGUGUCGGCCCGCGCGUAAUAAGAGUGCAACGGAGCGGGCAGGUAGGCGCUGGCCCAGAGCGGCCGUCAUGGGUGGCUCGCCGCCAACGCCGUCGCACGUCUCAAUCCGCGCCAUGCCUUUCCUUUUUCCCCUACCGCAAUGCAGCUAUGUGUCGUUUCCGCUUUGUUUUUUACGGCCGCGCGCUGCAGCGGAGAGCCGCGGCCCUCUCGCUCCGGCAAAGUUUCGGAGUGGUGUCGUCUCGCUUGCGCGGGGAGCGGGGUGGGGCGGCGGAGCGGCCGUACACUGGAGGGGCUCCCUACCCCACAGUCCUCCCAGCAGUCGUAGCGAACGCACGUCUCAGCCGCCCGAAACGCCGCGAAACGCCGCUG